AUGGUCAAUAUAAAGAAUAUCGACUAUGAGUUUUUGGAAGAGAAAUUCCAAAUGCACAAAUACUAUCCACAAUACAUUCACAAUCAAGAAAUAUCAACACCAGUGUUGCGCGACUUGAUAGUUGACAAGCCAAUAUACGCUGAUGCCAAUAAACACGUCAAGAGAGGCACAAAGCAAAAGAAGAAAAACAAACAAAACCAAAAACCUUCAGAAACAUUGAAAGAAUCCAGAAGAUUGAGAAGAGAGCAAAAAGAAGAAUUUAAAACUUUGAAGAAGGAAAAUAGACAAGAACAAAAGGAGUUGAAAAAGGAACACCGCGAAGAAAGAAGAGAAUUAAGAAAUCAACAAAAGGAGAAUAAACAAAGCUACAACGGCCACUUUAUGCAAAAAGUAAAUAGCCUUAGCACAGCAAAUGGCGGGUCCAACCAAACCGAAACAAAUGCUGGCCAAUGUAAUCCAUAUCAGAUGAAAACAAGAUAUGGCCAAGGUUUAGGACUAGGGUCAGGAUUAGGAUUGGAGACUGAUAUGGGCAUGUCCAAAUCAAACUCAGAGAAUUUUCAAAUGAAACUUGCUAGCGAGGCACCUAUACCAGAAUCAGAAUUUAUUGAGUUUCACAACCCCGACAACAACACUGAAGAAGAAGAAGAGCAAUAUAAAAGAGGAGGAGAUGUUGGUUAUACUUAUGAUGAGGAUAGUAAAACUGAUUGUGCUCCGUUGGAUCAUACAUAUGACUAUGACAGUGAGAAAACCGAGGUUGAAGAUGACUUCAAUCCACUUGCAUUUAAAAAUCCAUUUAAUGUGGCCAAUACCACCCAGAUUGCUCCACCCACAACUUCCAUGUCGAAGUCAUCUUCACUAAGUAUUGACAAUGGUCACAACCAUAGUUUGAAUUAUAAUUACGGCUAUGGUUACGGACAAGGACAAGGACAAGGACAAGGACCGAAAUCAAGAAACAACUCUAUAAAUUUCCCAAAUCUGACAAUGAUGCAAACUUCACACCUGCAAAUUAUACCUAAUCGUCGAUCAUCUUCAAUUACAUUGUUGAAUAAUAGUCAAAAUGCUUCAUUAAACAGACACAAUAGCUUUACAGGUAAUCACAACACGGCAAUGCAUAAUGUGGGCAGUAACAAGAGCCACAACUCAACAACUAUGCAGACUAGAAAAUCGUCAUCUUUAACAAACAGGUUUAUGAAUAUGUUUACUAGAGACAAUAACGACUCACAAAACUGUGAGUUGCAAGAGGACACGGAUAAUCCAUACACUUCAUUUGGCGACUUUUCUGCUGAACAUAGUAGUGGAGGUGGUGAGUUGAUGAACAGAAAAGGGUCAGUAGUACUGCACAAACCCAAUCAGACAAUAAAUUAUAAUUUGGGAAACAACUUAAACGCACCAAAAAAUGAGCAGGCGAAGCAGCAACAACAACUACUACAACAGCAACAGCAACAGCAAAAGAGCAGUCAGUUUUCGUUCUAUCCACUUGAGAAAUCCAGCUCUUUUGAUCAAACUAAAAGUGCAAAGACUUCGUUAAAGAAUAAAUUAAAGAUGAAGUUGUCCAAUGAAACUGGGAGAAGAUACAGCGAACAAUUUGAAGUUGUUACAGAAAAUGUCACAAACGGCCACACGGGCGAAAUGCAAACGAUUCAGUACACUCAAUCACAAAUGGUUGGCCAUGGCUCGUUUGGUGUAGUGUUUCAAACCCAGAUUAUGCCGACAAAUGAGAUUUGCGCCAUGAAGCGUGUCUUGCAAGAUAAGCGUUUCAAGAAUAGAGAGUUGCAGAUUAUGAAGUUGGUGCAUCACCGAAAUAUUGCCGACCUUAAGUACUUUUUCUAUACAAACAAUGACAAAAAUGAGUUGUAUUUAAACCUCAUAUUGGAGUUUGUUCCGGAGACAUUGUACAAGGCAAGCCACUAUUAUGUAUCCAAGAGAUUGAGCAUGCCGCCAUUGGAAAUCAAGUUGUACACAUACCAAAUGUUUAGAGCAUUAAACUAUAUACACUCCCAAGGAAUAUGCCAUAGAGAUAUCAAGCCUCAAAACUUGUUGAUAAACCCAGCUACAGGUGAGUUGAAAUUGUGCGAUUUUGGCUCCGCAAAGAUUUUGAACCCACUGGAACCUAAUGUGUCGUACAUUUGCUCUCGUUAUUAUAGAGCCCCUGAGCUAAUCUUUGGCGCAACAAAUUACACAACAAAGAUUGACGUAUGGAGUGCUGGUUGUGUUAUGGCAGAAUUAAUUUUGGGCCAGCCGCUUUUCCCUGGUGAAUCUGGUAUUGACCAGUUGGUGGAGAUUAUAAAGAUUUUGGGAACACCGUCAAAGGAACAAAUCAAGAAUAUGAACCCAAACUAUAUGGAGCACAGAUUCCCGCAGAUCAAACCUAUUCCUUUGAACAAAAUAUUCAAGAAGAUGCCAGCGGACUGUAUUCAAUUCCUCAUUAGAGUGUUACAAUAUAGUCCUAUUGAUAGAAUUUCGUGCAUUGAAGCGUUGUGUGAUGCAUAUUUCAACGAAUUGAGAGUGCAAACUACACAAUUGCCCAACUACCGCAAAUUGUUUUCGCAAAAUAUGCAUCAGAGCAGUAGCGGACACACGUCAAAUGCGGCUCAAUACCAAUUGUACAAUUCGCAACCUGAUAUGAAACCACUUCCCGAGUUGUUUGAUUUUGAUGAUAGAGAACUUAGUGUAGAGCCGCAGUUGAACAGUACAUUGGUACCAGACUGGGCUAAAGGUCAUUUACGAUUGAAACAGGAUAUCUCGAGUCUAAGUGAGUUUGUGCCCAUGACUGAGGAAGAAUUAAAAGUUACCCUAGAGUAG